AUGCGAUCGCAACGGGUGGUAGUUUGGCUAGGAACCUUCAUCUUCGUGUCUCUCAUUUUGAUCUUCGUACGAAGCUCCAACUCCUCGCCAGACACAUCGAGCUUCUCGCCCUUGCCUGAUCCCCGUCCAUCAGCCGAUUUGCAACGGCCCGAGCUCCCGCUAAACGAACAGCUUCUUCAGCAGUCAACGUAUCACAAAGUCUCAACGCCUGCAGGAAAACAUCCGAUCGCUGCAUUAAGCGAGAAUGCAAGUCAAGAAUUUGAUCAAGUACGGACCCGCCAAUCCAAAACUCUGUCACAGGCUGUUAAAGAAUACCGCCGUCGCUAUGGAAUGCAUCCACCUCCACACUUUGACAAGUGGUUUCAAUUUGCUCAAGCCAAGGGCGUCCAAUUGAUAGAUGAGUAUGACACCAUCUACCACUCCCUACUCCCAUUUUGGGCCUUGGAACCAAAAACCAUCCGUGGGCGGGCCCACGAGACCCUCGGCUUCGACAACUCCAUGAUAGGGGUCUUGGUCCGGAAUGGGUCCGUUUCCCUGACCGAGGGAGGGACCGAUGAACAGAAGUGGCAGCGCAGUGCUACAGCGCAGAUGAUCAGCAGCUUUGCAGAGUACUUACCUGACAUGGACCUUGUCUUCAAUGCCCACGACGAACCACGAGUGAUUGUGCCGAGUGAAGACCUCCAACGGCUGGUCAUGGUUGCCCGAGAGCGUGCUAUUCCAGAUGCGUCACUGACUGAGACGCCGAAGAAUGCCUGGUCCGAUCGACCGUCGGACCUCAACAAAGGCGAUCGUAUCGAUGAAGUGCGCACCACCCGUUUCAGCCGAUUCUCACAUCAAUCCACAUGGAGUUAUUCUCGAUCAUCAUGCCCAGUUGAUUCUCCCGUCCGUUCGCUUGUCGAGGACCCGGCGGAUGACAUCGAUAUGUAUGCUUUGGGCGAGUUAGGAUUUAUCGCGAACACAACCGCCUUCACGGACAUUUGCAACACUCCUUCUCUGCGGCAUACAUAUGGAUUCUUCGAUCGGCCCAACACAUUUGAGGUCGUUCAUGAUCUCUUUCCCGUCUUCUCUCAAAGCAAGAUCUCGAGCUAUCAGGACAUACUCUACCCAAGUCCCUGGUACUAUGCGGAUAAGGUGCCGUAUGAGGCUGCUCGGGACUUUGAUUGGAACAGUAAAUUAGAUAAGAUGUACUGGAGAGGCUCUACCACGGGAGGAUACUCCCGCGCGGGAGGCUGGAGACGCCAACACCGCCAACGAUUCGUGCGCAAUGUGAACGCUCGGGACACAGCCAACGUACUUACCAAGCGAGAGGAUGGCCAGUGGACACCUACUGAGAUCGACAGGUCAUCUCUAACUGACCUCUUCGACAUUCACUUCACGUACAUUGGGCAAUGCGACGCAGAAGACUGCACCGCGCAGAGGGAAUAUUUCGGGGUUGCAGAGUCGGUUGACCAGCAAGAUGCUUGGGCGAAUCGACACUUGGUUGACAUUGAUGGCAAUGCUUUCAGUGGUCGUUUCUAUGCGUUCCUACGAAGCAAAAGCUUAGUGUAUAAGAUCUCCAUCUUCCGAGAAUGGCAUGAUGAGUGGCUCAAACCCUGGGCUCACUAUGUUCCCUUGCGCUUGACCGGAGAUGAUUAUCUGGAAGCUGUCCGUUAUUUCACCGAGGAUGAGGAGGGCGCAACCACAGCCCCGAGGAUUGCCCAGAACAGCCCUCGCAAUCGACUCUGGGACCUUUCACAGAGCUGGGCAGGCUUUCGUCACCAUAUCCUUACCCUGCGCAGCGGGUUCAAAUUUCACUAUGUCUGCAAUGACGGCCCCGGACAUCAGCCCGCCACCGAUUUACAAAGGCCGCUGGUGGUGUUCAUCCACGGGUUUCCCGAUAGCUGGGCUAUCUGGCGCCACAUUCUUGCCUCACCUUCCCUCCAACAUACUGCAACCCUAGUUGCGGUCGACUUGCCCGGUUAUGGAGGCAGCGAUCGGCUUGAGCGAUACUCUGCAACGAAGGUGCUCGAGAAUCUGACGGAAUUUGUGAUUGCAAUUCGAGCCAAAUAUGGUGCCGACACAGAUACUACGGCGCGGCAGCGUAAGGUUAUUAUUGUUGGACAUGACUGGGGUUGUGUGCUCUCGACCCGCCUGGCUUCCGAGGCUCCUCAACUGGCAGACCGCUUUAUCUUGACGAAUGGCCCAAUUCCUGGCCUCGCCCAGGCCAACAUUGCCCGCCGCCUGUCUUCAUCGCUGAAGAUGCUCAAGACGGCACUGCGUGACCCGAUCCACUCCCGCGCGACGCUUUGGAAAGUGGUCCACACUCUGCAGCCCGUUGGCCGACAAUUGCUUCGAUCCGGAUACAUUUUCGCGAUGAAGUUGCCUUUGUUCCUGGUUCGAUAUCUGGGCCGAGGCGGCAAUUACUCGUUCCUGAAGCUCGUGCACCGCUCUUCGUACGGCCAACAUGAGUUUAGCCCUCGGGAUGCUGCAGAGUGCAUGGCUAGCACUGUAGGCCCGUCCAUGGCGGAGUGCGAAACCCAAACCGCCGAGGGCGACACGUAUCCUGCGGCCAUAAAAGCCGACCGUGGGCAAUUGAGCUUCCAGCACAUGACUGCCUACUACCGGGACAACACGGCGUUCGGGCGCUGGAACAAGUCGAUCGAGACGAUUGCGCACCUGCACAGCAUUGAAGAUGCAAAGGUGGCCCACCGCACCAGCAGCGGAGCUGGUCUAUUUGCCGAUGGACCCAAGGGGUCCUUGAAAGCUAGUGCAACCAUCAUUUGGGGCAAAGCCGAUAUAGCGUUGGAGCCUGCUUUGUGCCUGGAUGGUAUUUCGGACUAUCUCGUACGAGAUAGCCAAGUCAUCGUGGUGCCGGGUCUGGGCCACUUUACCCCCUUGGAGCGACAAGGUCAGCUUGCCUUGGAGAAAGCCCUGGAAUGGACGGGCAAUGGUGAGAAGGAAGACAUUGGAGCAAUUAUAUACGACGAACUAAUCCCUGUGAAUCCGCUGACGAACCUAACCCCGGCGAACCUAUGGCUUAUGGACCGACCGGACCUGAUCGCCACAUUCACUAAGAUCGAGCUAUGGCGCCAAACACAGUUUAAGCGCAUCGUCUAUCUCGACUGCGAUAUCGUCGCGGUCAGAGCCCCCGAUGAGCUAUUGGAGUUGGAUGUCGAGUUCGCAGCCGCCCCAGAUGUGGGCUGGCCUGAUUGUUUCAAUAGCGGUGUCAUGGUGCUUCGUCCCAACUUGCAGGAUUACUUUGCGCUGAGAGCGCUUGCUGAGCGGGGCAUCAGUUUCGAUGGCGCUGAUCAGGGAUUGCUGAACAUGCACUUUCGUGAUUGGCAUCGGCUAAGCUUCACGUACAAUUGCACUCCAAGUGCCAAUUACCAGUACAUCCCGGCCUACAACCAUUUUCAAAGUACUAUCAGUAUGAUUCAUUUCAUUGGCGCUCAGAAGCCGUGGAAUAUGGGCCGGCAGGUGCAACCUGUGGACUCUCCAUACAACAAAUUACUGGGACGUUGGUGGGCUGUGUAUGAUAGUCACUAUCGUCCUGUUGUGAGCGUGCCCCACCCAGAGCAUGAACAACGAGCAGUAACCGCUCAUGAUACUGGCUCGGUACCUGUCCAGUCAUCAUAUGGCGCUCCUGAGAGGUCGCAUGCCCAUGUUCAUCAGCAAGGUCCUAUUGACCCACCAAGAGGAGAGGCUCCUCAUGAAGGCACCCCAAAGGGUUCGGAACCGCAUCCAGUAAGACAGGGCGGUGAGUCAUACUAUGAAGUAUCGCACCAUGACAGGGAGUACCAAGGAACACCCCGUCCAGUUGAGCCCUAUACCGGGCCAGCCGACCAAGGUGGAUAUGGCACGGCACAGGGUGGAAUAGAUCGUGAUGAUGGACAACGCGGAAGUUCGCACCACGAGGUCACACACCGCACCCAGGAACAUCAUUGGGAACCGCACCACGAAGCCACACAUCAUGGGGUGGGUCACCACGAGGGAAUGCAUCGUGAGAUGGAACCCCAAGCGGGGCCUGUGCACGUUCCACCUCCUUUCAGGAGUGCUGUUCCGCAGUAUGUACGUGGAGAGGAGCAUGUGGCGGCAUAUAUUCACCCGCAUACCCAUCAAACCUCCUUCUCCGUCCAGGCCAAACCAGCUCCUUAUGGCAAUGAAGGCAGUGGAUCAGAAGCCUGGCCUGAGCAGUCACAGAGCCAAGCCCAUCAGUAUUACCAACCAGCAGAACCUCUUCCCGAGUCGCAGCAUGGUCUACCAUCACCAAAGCCAGAAGUACAACCCUCGUUUGAGCCUCCAAAGGCCGAAUGGGAUGCAUCAAAGGAGCCACCGCCCUUAAACACCAGGCCAGAGGGGUUCGCUCUGGAAACAAAGACAUACACCAUGUCCGAAGAUCAACAACUCUUCCAGCCACCCCCAUCCUACCCUGAAGCGCCUAAGAACAUGUACUAUGACGUCCCUAGCACCAGGCCCGAGCCAGAGAAGCUUGCGCAAUUGUUCCCCUGGGAAAGCCAUGCUCCCAGACCGACCCGCGUGUUCCCAGAAGACGACCAAAUCUCGAUAAAUACUAUUCCGCGGUCUCUGCUGGAAUCCACGGCGGAAGAGGAACCCGGGCCGUCGCUACAGUCACGAGACACAACUUGGACAUGGGCUUCUGAAGAGCCGGCUGAGUCGUGGGAACACUACACUCGCUCUAAUGCAUGGGACGAGGUCCCCGAGAUUCAGCGCUAUAUAUCUUCUAUGCAGCAGGUUCGCAAGGGACGUGUUCAGGUUCUCACUGGGCCUUCUUCGAGCACAGAAGCAAGGGAUGUCCGAAUCACAGACUUUCCGAGCGAGCAAGAACGACCCAGCCUGCCCGUAACUCCGGCGCCAAUACGUCGGCGACCUGGCGAACGGGCUCCCUCUGAUGACGACCUACUACCCUCAGCGCAAGGCAUACCAAGCCAGGAGGACUGGAAUCCUUCAGCCGGCCUCGAAGAGCUUCGAAUACGUCGGUCCGAAGUCUUGGAUCAUCCAGGUAUACUUUUCGAUCGGAUAUUGAGCAGCAGCUCGAUUACUUCAGAUCAAAUGCCUCCUCCAGGCGAACGAACUAAUGAUUGA